AUGACUGCAAUCAACGGGAGCAGCUCUGCCCCUCUCGGGGACCAGGCGGAGAAGGAUACUUAUCAUCUGAUUGAGCCUCGAUUCCCGCAGAAGAGGGAUGAAUAUAAACCGUCUCUGAAUAGCCUGGGAAUGGAGCUGAUCCUGAUGAUUUUCAAAAUCGUCCACCGCGAGAGUCCGGAGUCAGUCAAGAGCCUGUCGCUGGUCAGCUCCCACUACCACCACGCAGCACGCUACUGCCAGAAUCAGAAGAUUCACCUUCGCAUUUCAGGGGAGAAGAAGGAUGCGCUCCAAAGGCGUCUGGCCUACAUAGAGAAAGGCGGUUUCCUGCCUGCCAUCCGGCACAUCAACGUCCGGGGCGUCGAGGACGACCUUGAAAAUCUCGAGGCCGUGGCGCAGUUCCUGCAGAAGGCCGCCGGGCUGAGGGAUCUGGACUGGGUGAACAAGGGAGCGCCCGACUCCUCGGUCGGCGUGCCUGAGCAGGUCCUCGCUGCUCUCCAGUCCAGAAGCACCGUACGCCUCCACACGGAUGUCGUUCUGAACUACCACCGUCUGCCUACUAAUGAGGAGCCUCCUACAUACAGGGCGCCGCUUGCAAGAGGAAGUGAGAAUCUGCGUUCGCUUAGAAUGUGCUUCACCUACGUCGGUGUGGAUCGCUGUCUUGAGAUGGUUCGGAAUGUGAAGGGCAUACUCUUGUCAAGCCCCAACGUCCGGAAGCUCGUCGUUGACUAUGGUCGACCAGAUGGAGGGUGUGUCUCUUACGGGCCACCAAAAGAAUAUACUGGGUUCGGAUUUGUUGAUGGACAGCGUCUUCCAGCGCUCGAAGAGCUUAAAGUGGGCUCGUACAGCUUUGGGUCGAUCACAUCGGAAGCCGAAGAUAUGUUUUUCCCGAUGCAUGUUGGCUACCCAGGGAAAGGUAGAGAGGAAGACUACUGGGCCGAGACUUUCGACUGGUCUCGGCUACGGAAGCUAGAGACUAAGCAGGAGGUGUUUGCGCUGCAGGUCGCUCCAAAGCUGUCCGCGCUCGAAGAGGCAUCAUUUGGCGGGAGCAGCGAUCCAAAAAAAGUCCGAGAGUUCUAUGACACGGUCCCCAAUCCCCUGAGCUUCAUCGACAUCCAACAGUUUGAUGCUCUGGGCGUUGACGGAAUUAUCAGACACGCGUCCAAGCUCACACGCCUUCGUAUUCAUCAAAGACAGUUACGCGACUGGUCAGAACAUACGAUCGACGCGCGAUCUCUACUUGAAAUCCAGAAGGCAUGCCCUCUCAUUGAAGAGCUCGUUCUCGACAUCAAGAGGGAGGGCGACUGGCCGUACGAAAUCCUGGACAUCCUGGCUGGGUUCAGGAACCUUCGACGUUUGACUCUAUGGUUUGAGCUAGGUUGGGUAGGCCACGAGCCGUUCGAUGCCGUCCAGCCCGUUGUCAAUUACUUUGGUGUUGAGACGCUUUUAACCCAUAUCAACUCAACACGCCCAUCGAACUCCAAGCCGCUGAAGGAGAUGAAGGUCUACUGCGGCUGUCCGCGGCCUAUCAAGGGAUAUCCCUCGCAGCAAGGACUUUGGCCGCGCCGCAAUACAUCUAGCUACAUCUGCCAGCUCUCUGAGCGAGACGACCAAGCAGCGAGUGGCGUGUUUCACAUAACCUGUCCUGGAUUGACCGAUGAUGAGAAUAUGCUGCUUUCAAAGACGGGAAAAGGAAACGUGAAGGUGCCUGCAAAGCCGAGCAGGGGUCUGACAGUCGCAUUAAAUGGGCCGAUUCCGUUUGCUAGCAGGAGAAGGUCUUGA